AUGUUUUCAAAUAGUUAUAACUCUACGACCCCUACUAGCCAACUGCCACCAUCAGUGCUUAUCUGUACAUUUGUGAGUAGUUCACUGUCCAUUGUUGGUGCAGUGGUUAUUUUCAUUACUUACUCUCUAGUCAUAGUGGCCAGAAACCAGACGAGGCGGCUUCUGGUGUACUUGACUAUAGCGGACUUAAUGACUGCGGUGGGAAACCUUGUUGGAGCAUCGCGCUACGUGUACAUUUACGUCCACAAAAAUGAAACGGAAUAUCUCUUUAAUCGUGAUCAAAUGCAAAAUAUUUGUUUCACGACAGAUGCUGUUUGUGAUGUACAAAGCUUCGUAACGACGUUUUCAUCCUUGUCUUCUUUUUUCUGGACGUCUAUCAUCAUGAUUCACAUUCUGAUGACCUUAAUCACCCAGCGAGAGUGGUCCAGUUUCCGCAACAGAGUGAUUUACCAUUUUGUUUCGUGGGGAGUACCACUGGGUAUAACAUUCCUAGCUCUAUCAUACGACGUUCUCGGAGAAGACUUUCUCACCAGCACGGGGCCAUGGUGCUGGAUUAAAGGGUGUCUACACAAACCCGAAGUUUUUCUAUGGAAGACAUUGACCGGAAAAGGCUGGGAAAUCCUUACCUAUUUUCUGACCAUGGCAUUUUAUAUAAUGAUGAAGAUUUACAUGUGGAAAAGGCGUUUGCGCUUUAAAGAUCGAAGCCACCAUCACCUGAGGGAGGAGGACGAGUUGUAUAUUAUGAUCUUCUUCGUCAUCAUCAUUCUCCGCGCAGCAGGAACUAUCCGAUUUUUGUACGCCAUCGAAAACACCAACAACUCUCCAGGUACCUUCGAUAUGGUUCUCCUUCAUAUCCAAAGCUUUGGAGACAGUGCGCAGGCCUUUGCUAACUGCAUUCUGUUCUGCAUCCGAGACACUGCCGUGCGACAGGAUAUGUGGAAUCGGAUACGAGGAAUGUGCAGACCAGUACGUGAUGAGGAGCCGUUACUUGCCGUUACUUGCUAAUGGGAUUAUUUAAUUUUGAAUGCCGCAUG